AUGUCGUCGCAACCCCAACAAACUGAUGACAAUGCUCUGUUGCACAACAUGCGUGCACAGAUCUUGGCGUUGACCAUGCAACUCACCAAGCUGCAGCCACACCCUCCUACAGCAACCCCCUCGGUUGAGAAGAAGUUCAAUAAGAAAGUCAAAGUCAUCGCUGACCCUGGCGCGUUGUUAGAGCUGCUGGAACGCAAUGUGAACCCCCACAUUGCAGAACAGCUUUAUCUGCAGGAUAUGAGAAAUGAGAACCUCUCUCAAGCAGCAGAGGAGGUUCAAAAAAUAGGUAGGGCCAUAGAGCUCUACAAAAUGCACCAAGGUGGCGAGACCACCAAAAACAACCAAUCCCAGAGGCGCCCUGGGUCAUCAAAUCAUCAUAAUCACUCUCAGGGGUUCAAGCCAUUCGGGCUGCAGCCAGGACAGGGUGCUCCUAUGGAUAUUGGUGCGGUCCAAGGCGGACAGAUACGCAGAUUCAAGGGCAACUGUUACAACUAUGGCCAAGAGGGACACAUGUCCUGA